CGAUAGCAUUUUUUUCCUCACUUUUUUUUUUUAUAUACAAAAAAAAGAAUCUUUAUCAAUAAUGUGCAAUCACAUUUAGUUUUAACUACCCGCAACGAUUUCAGGGUUCGAUUCACAGCGAAUUUAAUAAUGUCACGUGUGUAAUCCUGAGACCGUCUACAUCUUGGGGGUUCAGCUGCUCAGAUCUGGAUCUCAUGGAGGCAGUAGGGAAGAGAGAUGGAAUAGUAGAGAGCAAUACACCUACCCCUAUACACAAUGUUGCAGCAGGUACAAGCAGAGAUACACUGGAUGAAGGAUUGCCAGAUGACCUGGUUUCUCUUGAUACGAAAGCUAUUGAGCAAUUAAGUCAAGGGCUCAUUUCCAACUACUUGCCGAAUCUCCAGAAUUCAAAACUUGCUUUACAGGAACUCACGCAAAACCAGGUGGUGUUACUUGACACCCUCGACCAGGAAAUCUCAAAGUUUAAAGAGUGCAAUUCCAUUCUUGAUAUUAAUGCACUGUUUUCAGAAGCAAAACAUUACCACAACAAGCUAGUAAAUAUUAGGAAAGAAAUGAUAAUGCUCCAUGAAAAGACAUCAAAAUUAAAAAAAAGAGCUCUGAAAUUGCAGCAGAAAAAACAAGAAGACAAUCUUAAGCAGGAGCAACAAAGAGAACGGGAGCUUGAGCGGGAGAAACAGUUAACUGCAAACCAGCAAAAAGGACAUAACACACAAGUCAUGUGCUUCCCAGAUCUCAAAAUACAGAACCCCUUUACCCAAUAAUCUAAUUAAGGAAAAAUGUUUAAAAGAACACUGGUCUUUCUUUUUACUCUGCAUUUGUACCAGACUUAAAGUCUGAACAUGGCUACACCAAGGUUUUUGGUGUUUUUAUAAUUUUUAUUAUGUUGGUUAUGUUGAUUUCCUUGUUUAGGAUCCGUGUGCAAAUCAUACCCACUUCCAGAAUGUAUAGAUGCUGAAUUUCUCAUCCUGUAAUAUAUUUCAACAAUAUUUGCACUAUGCUUAUUAUUUUUGUAUCUAAUGUCUAUAUAGUACAGAUUUUAACUUCUCCUUUAACAGGUAUGUGACAUCAUAAUGCAUUAGACUGACAGGACAAACAUGCUUGUAUCUAGUGUAGUUCAUGUCUUCUUAUUAGAUAAGCUUGUUUUUGAACUGAAAAACAUAAAUAUGUUUGCAAAAUA